AUGGAACAACAACCCGAGAACAUCCUCUACGAAACCCUAAGCCCUCUCCCUCUCUCUACGCUUUCCGAUGUCCCCUCACGCCCUCAAUCUCCGCCGUUGGAUCAAUUGGAACCCUACACUGUGUUUCGCAACGAGAUUUCGUUAUCUGAUCUUGGUGGCGGGUACGUGGAAUCUCCCGCGCCUGAUUUUUUCUCGCUGGAUGUGAAUAGUAGUGGAGUUGAUGAAUUGGAGGAAGCCGAGCCGAAGUGGCAAAAGGAGCCGAAGACGCCGACUAAGGAACUUGAGCCGAGGUUGGAGAGUGGCUGGUUCAGAGGCAAUAGUAGCUUUAAGAGUCCGAUGCUUCAGUUACAUAAAGAGAUUGUGGAUUUCUGUGAUUUUCUAUCUCCAACUCCAGAAGAACAAGCUCUUCGCAACUCUGCAGUAGAAUCUGUUUUUGAUGUUAUUAAAUACAUAUGGCCCAAGUGCAAGCCUGAGGUUUUUGGUUCAUUCAGGACAGGGCUUUAUCUUCCAACUAGUGAUAUCGAUGUUGUGAUUCUGGGGUCUGGUAUCAGAAACCCACCAACUGGUUUGCAGGCUCUUUCUAGGGCAUUAUCUCAACGAGGUAUUGCCAAAAAGAUACAGGUGAUUGCAAAGGCUCGUGUGCCCAUCAUUAAAUUUGUAGAGAAAAAAAGCGGUUUUUCAUUUGAUAUAAGUUUUGAUGCUCAAAAUGGACCAAAAGCAGCUGAGUUUAUCAAGGAUGCAUUAUAUAAGUGGCCUCAAUUACGUCCAUUAUGUUUGAUCUUGAAAGUUUUUUUACAGCAGAGGGAACUGAAUGAGGUAUAUUCUGGUGGGAUUGGUUCAUAUGCUCUCCUUACCAUGUUAAUGGCAGUGUUGAAGAGUCUUUAUGAGUGUCAAACUUCUCCAGAGCAUAAUUUGGGAGUCCUUUUGGUACACUUCUUUGAUAUUUAUGGACGCAAAUUGAACACCACAGAUGUUGGUGUAUCUUGCAAAGGGAACGGCACCUUCUUUAAGAAGAGUAGCAAAGGGUAUUAA